GCCCGAGCAAAGUUCAUCGGUUACAUAAAGUAGGUAGUGGUCAAAAGGUUGGUAACUGUUGAAGAUGAAGGAGGUUUUUUACGUUUUAUGCGCUAUUGCCAUUGCUGCGUGUGCCGAAGAUGACGCCCAGACGAACUCCACUGCCAUCGCUGAUCAGUCGAUCGAUUUCAUGAAGUACCUAAUGAAACGGUACAAGGUUAAGGAACACUGGAUGACCGUGCCGCUUGACCACUUCAAUUUGUUCGACAAUCGCACUUGGCAGAUGAGGUACCUCGUCAGUGAGCGGCUCUUUAAACCGGGGGGUCCGAUCAUUAUCGAGGUCGGAGGCGAAUGGACGAUAGACGGAACCAGUCUAAUUAUGGGCAGCUUAGCCGAACUGGCCAGGGAUCACCAUGGCAUGCUCGUCGAGACCGAGCAUCGGUACUAUGGGGAAAGUCUGCCGUUCGGGAAGAACUUUACGGUUGAACAGUACAAAUAUUUGCAAAUGGAGCAGGCCUUGGAGGAUAUCGCCUACUUUAUCGAGAAGUUCAAGGCUGCCAACCCCGCUCUGAAUAACAGCAAGGUUAUCAUUCACGGCUGCUCCUACCCGGGGAUGUUGGUGACUUGGAUGAGAAUCAGGUUUCCGCAUAUUGUCGACAUCUCGUACGCGUCUAGCGCUCCACUUGGCGUAGGCUUGGACUACCCAGAAUUCUUCGAGGUUGUCAAUGACGUCUAUGCAAAUGUCAGCGGAGAAUGCAUCGAAACAGUCAGGGUGGGCUUUAACGAAACCACGCACCUGCUCAAAACCCAUGACGGAAGGACCAAAGUGCGCGAAGCCUUCAAGGGCUGGACUUGCGGAGACAUUGACGAAAUGAAUUCGAUGGAAAUUCUCGGAAAGAUAAUCAUGGUCCUGAACGUCAUGCACGACCCCUCCCAGUACGAGGAAGUCGCCUGUCUGUCGAUGUCGCUCGACGACGACGAGCUGAAGGCGUUCCAGCGCCUGGCCAACUUUAUCACGCUGAAAUCCAAGCACAUCGCCAGCUGCAAGAGCGAGGCAAGCGCCGAGCCGGACAUUAACAGCAAAUCCUGGGCCUACCAGACGUGCACCGAAAUGGGGACGUUCCAAACGCUGAACCGGAAGAACUCGCACCACCCCUUCGAGAUGGACAUGAGCGUCGAGGAGUCGGUGCAGGAGUGCGUCGGCGAAUUCGGCGGAGUUGUUACAGAGCACGUCUUGCGAACGGGAAUUGAGCGCGUGAUUCGAAGAUACGGUGGCAAAAAGCCGAAAGUGACGAAGGUAGUUUCGAUUCAGGGAACGCACGAUCCGUGGAAGCAUCUGGCCCACCUGGAGGAUUACGGACCGGAAGCUCCCGUCUGGGUUAUUGAUGGAUCGCACUGCGCCGACGUCACGCCUCGCGACGACGAUUCGGAACAGGUUGUCGAGGUUCGUGCCAGGGUGAAGAAUUUAAUUACCAAAUGGCUGAAGGAAAUAUCUCCGGAAGAAGAAGAAGAAAAAGAAGAAGUGUAGAUAGAUUAAAUCGAUGUUUUAUUGUACUUGAUCUGUCCAAUUGUGACUUGACUAAUAAUUCGUACUUUUUCGA